AUGGAGGCUUCCCAACCUCUCUCCAUCGAAAGUUUCUCAUAUAGUUGGUUAGUGAACCUAAAGCCUACCUUUGAUAGCCUAGAAGACUCACUUAGGGCCUCCCUUGAUGCAUCCGAUGAAGCUUCCUUCAUAGAGAUGGACCCAAAAUUAACAGCCUCAAAGAGAUUUUUCAGAAACUCCCAGGACUUCAACUUUGACUUUCCUGUAUCACAGUCUCCUCUAACCCUUGUUCAUGCUGAUGAGCUAAUCUCCAACGGCUUCCUUCUGCCUCUUUUUGUAAAUCCAUUGAAGAUGGAAGCAUAUGGUUCGUCAGAUUCCUGUCCAACUACACCAAUCUCCUCAAAUGCCCAGAAAAGUAUUAAUUCAGCCAGAAAGGCUCGCUGCUCAUCCUUUAGAAGGUGUAGAAGAUUGUCAAAUCGAAUCCUUCAGAAGUACUUGGAGUUUAUCAGGCCUCUGUGUCAGAAACUACGGGGCAAAAGAUCCAGCUGCCCCAGAACUGUUACUGCUGACAAGAGAAUGCUAGAAGUAAAAAGCUGGAUUUAUUCACCGGCAACUUCUCCAAGGACAAGUGUGGCUUAUUCUGUUGAUAAUUGGCGCAGGUCCUGCGAUUCUGAGAGCUCAAUUCACGAGGCAGUUCUCCACUGCAAAAGAUCCAUUGGUAUGCCAAACUCCUUAACAAGUUUUUGA